AUGCAGUCAGAUGAAUCUGUAGAGUCUGAGGUGUUUGACUGGGGUGAUGACUUCUGGCUGGGGAGCCCCAGUCGGACGAGAAGGAACCACAGAAGCAGAGAGCCUUACUCCAGACUCAAGGGCCUGCUGCCCACCAGGUUGAUCCAGUACCCACCACUCCCUUCCAAAGGAGGAAUCACCGUGACAACAGAGGACCUAGACUGUCUGGACAGUGGCCAGUUCCUCAAUGAUGUCAUCAUUGACUUCUACCUUAAGUAUCUUCUCCUGGAGCGGGCCCCGGGGCCCCUGGCAGAGAGAUGUCAUGUCUUCAGCAGCUUCUUCUACAAGCAGCUGACCCGCCGGGACACGUCCCUGGAGGAGGAGGCUGCCAUCCCGGCCAGGGACAGGAGACACCAGAGGGUGAGGACGUGGACCCGCCAUGUUGACAUCUUCAACAAGGACUACCUGUUUGUGCCGGUCAAUCACAAAGCCCACUGGUACCUUGUGGUGAUCUGUUUCCCUGGCCUGGAGCAGGCCCAGCAUGAGGAGUGGUCUGGCCUAGCUGGAGUGGAGGCCAACGGGGGAAGAGGAAAUGCCAGCCCCAGGCUUCAACUGGGCCUUCUCCAGAGGCCAGCAACCCCAAACUGCAGAACGGAGCAGGUGCGUUGGACAGCGCCGAUGCAUUGUGUGUUUGUGAUAUUUACCUUGGCAGAAUCUCACUUCUCUCACCAGGGCUGUAAUGUAAUAGUGUUUCUAAUCAACCCGGGUUGCGUUUACACGCUUCCUUUAACUUUAAUGAUCAAAUUAACGUUGGGGAGAGCCAGUGGGAAACCCACAUUGAAGCCCCACAACCCACCAGCGUGUACCCAAGAUGGUUGUCAGAGGGAGACCAUCAUUAAGAAACCCUGCAUUCUCAUCAUGGACUCUCUGAAGAUCUCUUACCAUGAGAGCAUCUAUAAGCUCUUGCGGGAUUACCUACAUGUAGAGUGGGAGGUGCGUAGAGGAACACGCAGAGACUUCACUGUAGACAGUAUGAACGCUUCCCACUGUACAGUCCCUCUACAGGACAACAGCAGCGACUGUGGCCUCUACCUCCUGCAGUACGUGGAGAGCUUUCUGCAGAACCCAGUGGUGCACUUUGACCUCCCCCUGCGUUUGGAGCGCUGGUUUCCACGGCAACAGGUGUGGAGGAAGAGGGAGGAGAUCCGGAGCCUGGUGAUGGAGCUGCACAGUUGCCGGGGCAACGGCGGGAGCAGCUGCAGGUAGCCACGGUACCUGAUCAGCAAUGCACUACUACUACAACACGCCUAAACUGUGAAGGACUUUGACUUUUUAAAUGUACAAUACAUGGAAUAUUUAUACUAUUUUUGUAUUACUAUUUUUUUUUAAAUAAAAUGUCACAGGAUGUUUGUUUCUCACUUGUAUGUAAUGUGAAUGUACAAAAUAAUAGGAUCGUAAAAUGGAAUAAAAUUGUUCAUGUAAUGUUUAGUUUUUUUGUUAUGUUAUAGAAGAGAGCAUUUGGAAUGGACAUAUGAGUGAGCGCUCAAAUCUAGUUUGCUGAGCAAAAGUGUAACUCGUGUAUCCAGAACAGGUUUCUUUUUCAAAUGUCCUUAUGACUCACACAUAAAACCACUAUAAAUAUUAAAGUCAAUAUUACUCAGUUAUUCCUGUUCAGUGUGUCAGGCUGUUGUUUCUGACCAUCAGUCAUAAAGGACUCAAUAUGCACAUGAUUGUUUGCAGCUGCUAAACAAUAGUGUUAUCACACUAGUCAACACGUUGCAGUGUUUUAGUUUUGGCUCCUCAUGUUGUAGCUGCUUCGUUUGUAAGAGAAACCCAAUGUUCCAGUGAGGAACACCAAGUAAGCUUUACACAAUGACCACUUGUAAUAUGAGGAUUAGAACAGCACCUCUCCCCUGUUCUGUUUACAGGCAGAAAUCAAUUCCCCUUUGUGUUUGUGCUGUAUGAAAGUCUAUGGACCUGACUCACUCUGUCAUCAGAAACAGAAAUAACAUUCUCCCCACACAGUAAAGGGUUUCCAUUUGAGUUUCUGUUUGUUUUCACGGUGUAAACAUUGAUUUAAUGGCAUGUUUAUAAUGAUGUAUUUAUAAUGUGGUAUAUUCCUGGAUUAAAGAUGCCCCCAAAGUCUACCUAGCAAUGGCUGGACAGAACUCUCUUCUGUCACCAUCACAAUAUUGUAGAGCGAGAAUCCCAGAUAUGUCCUUUUAAGUUAUUGUGUGUUUUUCACACGGGUACAGUUAAUAGGUUUUUCAGUUUGGGUUGUUAAGACUAAGUCUGAUAGGAUAUGUGCUUAACCAUAUGUACUUAAUUGGGUUAAGUUGGUCGUUUUUGGAUAAUUGGAGUCUUUGGUGCAGCCUCUCACAGCAUGUGGGCCCCAGACAGAGCCCUCUUAGAUAGGACAGAGCCCUCCACCCCUACUGCUGUUGGAAGGGUAACGGUCACACCUCCCAAAUGAGUUGGGCUACCCUUUUCCUAUUCGCCCCAUCCAAAUCUCUACCCCAUUUGAUUUAGCCACUGUCAGAAAAUGGCCCCACUACUACAGUAUAAAAACUAGUGUUCAUCAAUUCUUCCAUAUUGUUAUUCUAAUACUAUAAUUAUGUUGGCUUUAAUUCUGUCUUAUAGUUCAGUUAAAGCCGUAUAGUCAAAUGCAGUAGCGGGUUUGAAGGUCUAAGUUGUGCUGUUAAGGUAAGGCCAUAGGUCGACUGGUUCACUAUGGAUGGGCUUUACGGGUUCAAGGGUUCCAUAGAAUGAACCAAGGACAUCCAUACUGCUUAACUUGUCUUACACCUUCCAGCCUACAACUACUAAUGCAUUGGUUUAGGGUCUGGAGAUCAGGACUGAGAUCAAUGUCCUUCCAAUAGACCGGUCCAGAUAGUCAACAGGUAGUCUGGAGACGUGUUUUAUAGAGAACCGUGUUAAAGCAGUUUGAAGUUUUGUUUUAAUUUACAGAUAGUUUAACCCAUUUAAAUGGGCUAACAUCAAAUCUACUUUGUAAUGACAAUAAAGAAACUCCAUCAAGUGA